AUGAAUCAGCACGCCUACCCAUCGAGCUUAAGCGCCGGUAGCAACAAUAACUUCCCACCCAUCCACGCGGGGGAUGUUGGAUCAACGCACGAAGGAUUCGAUUCCGAGAGCUGGAUCGCAACCCCAACUAGUUCCGCGCUUCCGAGUUACGUCUCUGACGCGCAGUCCUUCAAUGACGCCGCUUCCUUCGUCAGUGAUACAUCGACUCUCGCUGGGCCGAUGGAUCGCCUAGGGCUCUCGAGCUCAACGCUAGUUCAUCUGCGGCCACCGUCCAUCCUCAGCACACCGUCUGUGACGAGGGAGUAUCCAGUCAUCCGAUACCAUUUUACCCCGACCUCUCCUGUGAGCAACUCGCUCACCCUCGUCCCACCUUCAGACAUGCCAGACAUGGUGCCCCGAUUCCACAUUGUCGUGACCCCGAACGUGUUCAACCCACUCUCGCACAUCACCACAGUUUACCGAGGGGAGACUCCGUUUGGCCAGUGGGUUGGCUCUUUUGAAAUGGGAAUAUCAAUUGUUUGGAGCCGCGUGCGCAUGCACAAGAAAGAUGCUCCCGUUCCGAGCGUCCUCACGAAACGCGGAUCGCGCACGAACGCAGUUUGGACGUGGAAGCCCCUUUCGCCUCUGAUCAACAAUGGCCUCCCCUGGGAAUGGGACUGUCGUCAUUCUUCCGCUGUAUGCCGCUCGAGCAAUGGCGAUAAAACCCUCCUCGCCACCUUCAUCCCAGCUCGAGUCAUCCAAGUGAAUGAGCGUGGGGAAGAAACUCCACUUCCCGCGCUGCAGGUCACUCUAGCGGGACAGAAGUUUUUUGAAGAUAUUUUAAUCUCGUUGCUCGUCAUCGAAAGAAAGAAGGUGCUUCCUGUAGAGGACCAACAUGCCAAGACCAUCUUCAAUUGA